UGCUUUAACCAGAUCGCACUUAUAGAAAGCUCUCUCUCUCUCUCACCCAACGCAAGUACGCAACUAUGGCCAAGAAAGGCUCUUCAGAUCUCAGAAGCUGCAUGCACCAACAUUUAAUACCAGCAAGAGUUUUGGCAUCAACCAUGGCCUCCAGGGCAGAAAAGGCUUCAACCAUGGAGGCCAUGAGAUCGAUCUCGAUCAGCAGAUGCACUCCAGGCAGAGGUUGAGUUGUUUCUUUCCAGAAACCAUGGCCUAGGGCUUAGGGAGGCCCUUCAAGUCCUCAGAAGAUUCAAGGAUGGGGCUCAACCAAGUCUUCAGAUUCAAGGUCCGCCCGGAAACAAGAGUUGAAGGAAGAGGUGGUCUCUGGCCAAAGGGCAACAAAAAAAACACGAGAAAGAAGAAGAAGACGACUAGAAGAGGGUGUUCUGACUGGGCCGAAUGGAUAGCUCAGUUUGGGCUUUCCUUGUACUACCAAUCUGCACUCAGGCAGGCCCAAAUCGAUUUUAAUUCGGGUUUUAUAGGGUUGGGGCACCAAAGUGGAGGUUUAGCUCUGAAUUCUAAUAGGAGGUCUUGCACCCAUUGCUCUGCGUCUUCUUCUCUGCUAUCAUCAGGAUGGCCGUGGCAUCUUUGGAGAGACUACGAUACUUUACGACAGCUUAUUGCGAACGAAUAAUGGCAGAAAGUACUUUUUGCACCUUUGCAGAGCGGUACAAUAUGCCUUCAAUUUUCAGGGAGGAUAUUAUUGACCACACUAUCAGAGAGGAGAUGAUAGAGGGAUAUAAUGAGCUGGUAAGGGAAGUACGGGCAACUCAGAAUAAUUUGGACUAUCAAGGUUAUGAGCUCCUUUUGCAUGAUGUGAUCACUGUGGAGACAUAAUGAUUUUCUGAUGGUUCUCAAAUUCAAGUCUGGGCCUUGGGGUUGGGAUGGUGAAGUUCAUUUGAUGCCUGUAUUUGGCGAGGAGGAUAUGGAGCGCAUCAUGGAAAAAGCUGCUCAUCAUGGAAUUCGAUUGGCUGACGAAUGAUGAUUUUACCUUUUCUAUCUCAUGUUUUUGGUUGUCUUGGAAGUUGUUUUUUGUGACAGGUUAGUUGUAUUGUUAAAAUGUGAUUGUUAUUCUGAAGUUGUUAAUGUAAUUAAUAUGGGAAUGAAUGGAUUACUCUUUAAGAACA